UAUAAUGUUUUGAAGAGUUUUUUGAUUAAGGGAGGGAGUCAGAAAAAAUGGCGGAGGAGGAAGAGGGAAGUAGACGGCGUUUACCUAAUUGGAUGAUUAACGCCGCCCCAGCUGCUUCUUCAGUCAAAAAUGAAACCAAUCAUUCUAAGAAAAACAAAAAGGAGAAGAAGAUCGACGCCCCUGAUUAUAAACGGGGAGAGACGUUAUCAACAACUUCCGCUAACGACGGCGCCGGAGAUCUUAGUAAAAGAAAACGGAAAUCCCGAAACGAUGCCGUCUCCGGCGAUCACCAUGCCUGCGAUCUGACUGUUAAAGACCUCGUCACCAUUGCUGAGGAGUACGUGAUGCUUGAUAACAAUAAUUAUAAUAAUGAAUCACAAAAUCCAAACUUGAGUGGUGAACUUGCCGCCAUAGCCAAUGAUGCCCAAAGUGACCAGUUGACCUUAAAUGUUAGCACUGGGGAUGCUGCUCAGGACAUGCUUCAUCUUCUAUUGGGACCCUUGCUCACCAAUCCACUACAUAACAAUACUCCUUCAUUUACUAGUGACCAUCAUAUACCUUUAUUCUCCGACUCCGUCGCUUACCAAAAUCACAAUGAUCCACCACCACAGAUGCUUCCACCUACCAUUACCAAGAAGAAGUCCAGUCUAAAGGACAAGGUGUCCCUGUUCUUUGACUAAAAAAAGGGCCGUUUUGUUUGAUCAUAUGUACUUUUGCGUUUUUAUCUCUCCAGGGUACGUACUUCUUUCGUGAUUUGUGAAGGUUGUUGUGAUGUUUUUUAUGCCCUUUUAGUUGGAAUGGGUGGAUCAAUGAAUAAGUAGUUUGGAUUGUCCUACUCAACCUUUAUGCAAUGGAAAAAAUCAAAUCAGGAUUAGCAUUAUUCUAGUAGUCAUUUAUUGGAAGCUUGAUUGCUGCCUUUGCCUGGAUGCUGUAAAUUUGCUAUAAAUAUUAUAAAGUAACGAGAAAAAGAUGAGAAUAUAAAAAAUCUUAAGAUCCAUUCUGUUAAUUGAUCAGUGGUCUCGAAAGUAGAUUUUAGAUUAGAGGGCGAAGUUUCUUUACUGGCAGUCAAAGCUCGUGUCAUUUAUAGCAGGAUGGUUUUGUAGUUUAAGGUCUUAUACUAUCGAAAUGUUCUUGGAGCAGAAUAUUCUUUCUAAACACACAAUGUCUUAAAAUCGCAUUUGACAGAUUUGUUAGCAAAGUACUUACUCGUCUGUUGUUUAAUUAGGAAUAGGAUAGCCAUGUUUGACAGCCUAACAUAGUUUCUCUACUGCAGGAGUUAAUCUACUAAACUCAACAUUUGGUUAAUUUUUUUCCAUGGCCAUGUAGACCGGUGUAUGCCUAUUACUUGCUUGAUUCUUCCGAUAAGAACGAACUCAUUUUGUUUGCUGAAGUCAGGGGUGAGGGAUCACGUGGGUUUUCCUCUACAGAGAUAAAUUUAAUUCUUCGGAUUUAUUUAUAGGGUUUGGCUUCAAGAAUCAGUCACAGUAAAUUUGUUGCUCAAGUCUUCAUGUAUGCUAUCUCUGCUGAGGGAAGAUGUGGAUAAUAUAGUUAAUGAUUUAACAUGUGUUCUGAAGUAAGAAUCUUGGAAGGCCUACUUUGUGACCAGUUUUCUUGACAUCCUCUUGAACUUGUUUUCUAAACUCUCCGAAAGUGAAGUCUCUGUAUAUAGAUGACUCUUUACAACUCCCUAUGAGGGUGUCAUAUGAAGGGCAGAGGAAGUAGGCAAUUGAGUAUCUCUCCUUCGUUCUAUUGGCCAUCACUUUGUGCUCCACACUCUUGUACACGUCAUUGCUCCAUGCCUGUCAUUCAAGUCACAAUUCGAGUUUAAAAUCAGUAGCGAAUGAAAACGAAGUUCUAAUAGUUCGGUAGGUAGGAAAUACUUUUACCAGCAGACAUAAUUGAUGAGAAUUGAAAUUUUGGAAAUGCUUUUUCAAAAUUUAGUACCUGAAAAAGAUCUCCAAUGUUAACGAUUAGAGCAUCUUGAUUAGGCUCGACAGCAACCCAUUUGGAAUCCUUCAUAAGUUGGAGUCCACCAACUUCAUCUUGAUAAAGAAUUGUGAGGAAAUCGCUGUCAGUGUGGGGCACUAGACCAAAAACCUCAGAAGAUAUUGGACAAGGUGGGUAGUGAUUUAACCGAAGGAAGCUAUUGCUUUCGUGGCAUUUGUCUUCAAACACUGCGGUUGAAUGACCCAGGUUCUCUGCUAGGACUCCUGCAAGCAACUUGGCUAGCUUCGACAUGGAUGCCGAAAAGUCCAUCAUCACUUCCCUGUUGAUUAAAUGAAAAGAAUCAAUGUUAGAGGGAAAUUAAGCAGAUUGGAUUCCGGGGAAAGAAGGAAUUGAAAAGAUAAAAGAGCGAACCUUAAAGAGGUAAACCCGGUGAAGCAGGGUUGUUGGGAAAUUUGAGAGAGAGGAAUGUGGAAAGACUCGGACCAGGAGAAUUGGGUGGGAGAAGUAGCAGUUGGGGAUCCCCAUCUAUAUGAAUUAUUUAGAAGACCAUUGGUAGCUUUCCUCUCGAAAGGUGUUUGAAACAACUUCCCUUGUUCUCUUGGCAUAUUCUUAAGUAGCUCAGUACUUAUGCCAUGGUUUACUACUUGAAAGAAUCCCCAGUCAGAUGAAGCUCUCGAUAUAGCUGAACGACAAGCGAACCUCUCCUUUUCAUCAUCACUUCUCAGAUGAUGGAGGUCUAUCAAUGGGAGGUGGCAGUAUUCCUCCACGCUCAUGCUCAUGCUCUUUCUCAUUUCUCCGCUUUGCAGGGUGUUGCUAGGCGGGCUGGAUAUGGCUGCGUAGGAGCACUGGAGUGGUGGAUUCAUUGAUUGAUUCAUAUUAUUGGUUUGGUGAAAGAGAGGAGGUGCAAAAGUAAAGCAGCAGCAGGAGAGGGUUUAGUAGUAGUAAAAUAAAGAGAGGGAGAGGAUGGUGUUAUAUAUGUCCUGUGACCAAGGAAUUGGUUGGGUGGGGGGCAAAAGGAACAAAAAGAAAAGAACAAAGUGAGGAGCUUUCAAAUGGCGACACUUGUCGCAACUAGAGCCUUUUAAAUCGAGAGAGACCAAGUCUUGGAGUUACGCUCAAAUUAGGGCAAGUAGUAUUCCAUUUCAGAUGUAGAGUUUGCUCUGAAAAACAUUGGAACAACAAAGUUGGUUGAAUGAUGAAUGUAAAGAUGUGGAUUUUUAGUCAAAUCCAAAAUUCAACGACAGGUUGCCGCCCGGAAUCAGAAGAUGAAGAGUUGAAGUGCCGUCCCUAGAAACUUCAUGUCUUCAUCAAAUCCCUACUUUGGCUUUACUUGUUGCACACGUAACACAUCUUUCAAAGCAUUUCUAGCAUUAUAAUAUUACAUUUUGACCUUCAAUGGAAACAUAUUGUCCAAAUUUUUUUUU